AAAAGAGAGAAUCACAGAAUCAAGGGCUCAGCGCGAGAACGUCAGUCAGACAGUCAAUCACUUGCCAGCCACCGAAUAGGAAGGAAGUACCAAUCCAUCCCUCCAGCCAGCCAUACCCUACAUUACACCAACUGAAUAAAAAUGACGCAACCUACAGAGGAUAAUAAGGACAUGAUACAGCGAGAUGUGGAUGCUGAGAUCAACCUGAUCAAUGAGUUUCUAGCAGACAUUGAUAACCGCAGGAGGCACAUGUGUCACUUUGUGUCUGGCCUUCAAGUGGCGGUCACCAGCAUUUUGUUUGCUGCUGUUCGCACUUUGGAAGGGAAGCAUUCAAAAGAAGGCAAGGAGACUAUACAGGAGGAGGAAGGUACCACCACACAGGCUUGUCCCAGAAAGAUGGAAGAAUCAUCAAAAAUGGAAGAGGAACAAAUGGACAACACUUUGACUGAAGACGAGGAAGCAUCAGAGAGCAACCUAUCCAGUGAACUGAUGAAGUCCCUUAACAACACACUAGGAGACCUUGAAGAAGCUGAGAAGAAGCUAAUUGAGAUGGACAGUCAGGAUCACACAGUUACAGAUGGUCAAUCAUCAGAACCUUGUUACCUGGACUUCAUGUAUGAAUUCCUAGCUGAUUUCCGCCUAAAACUGCAACAGUCUUGUGAAGAGUUCACCAGUUUGGAGUCCCAAGCACUGGCCUUGCUUGAAGAGAGAAAAGCCUUGCAAGACUUAAGUUUGCAAAUUGGAAACAGUCCCAGGAAAACAAUGAAACCUAAACACAACUCCUUGACCACUGUUGCUUCAGAUAUGGAGACAGUAGAUAAGAGUGAAGACAGUGCAAUUUCUGAGAUGAAAUUCACUCUCCCAAAAGAUAUGUAUCAGGAUAGCAUUCCCUUAGAUACGGUAGCUGCACGAAAAGACAUUGACUCAAAUGAUGGCGCUCCCUUCGAAACAAAAUCAAUAGUUCCACAGAAAGACAAAGACAAGGACACUGUUCCCAUAUGCACAAAUGAAACUCCCCAAAAUGAUACCACCAAGGACAACACUUCUCCAAACACACUGACAAAUAUUAAGCAAACUAAUGACACAGAUGUUCCUUCCCAUAAAACACCACCAAAAGCUAUCCCUGGAUCUACAACAGAAGACAGCCCUUGUGAUAGGAAGGAAUCUCCAGAACAAGUUGCCACAGAUGAGGAGUAUGACGGUCCAUCUCCUGUAGGGAUGAGGAGAAUGUUUGGUUCAUUUUCUGCAGAGCCCAAAAUUCCCCUCCCAUGUCCUUCUCCAACCAUAUCCGUAGAAAAUUCACCUGCAUUUUCCCCAUCACCUACUUCACUCCAUAUUGCAGAUUCACUUGCAAUGAAGUUAAAUAAUGAAGUUAGCCCCUCAGAUACAGUAAUUGCACAGAGAAACACUCACUCCAGUGGCAGCUCCCCGUCUGAAACAAGACCAACCAUUCCACAAAAAGAUGAAGGCAAAGUCAUCAUUCCCACAUACAUUUGUGCAACUUUAGAGAGAGAUAACAUCGAAAGGAAUGCUUCUCUAAACACACACAGAAACAUUACACAAACAAAUGACAUAAAUGCUCCUUCUAAUAAAACACCACCAAGAGAUACCUGCUCACCUACAGCAGCAGAAGAAAAUACAUGUGAUAAGAAAGAAGUUCCUGAACAAACUGAAGAAGUUUCCACUGAUGAGGAGUAUGACGGUCCAUCUCCUGUAGGGAUGAGAAGGAUGUUUGGCUCAUUUUCUCAAGAGCCCAAAAUUUCUUUACCACCAUGUUCUCCAACAUUAUCAGUUGAAAAUUCACUUGCAUUCUCCCCAUCACUUUCAAUCUCACUUGCACUAAAGCCAGAUCCUGAAGUCAGGUCCUCAGAUACAACAGAUGCACAAAAAGGAUGUGACAGCUCUCCCUCAGAAAUAAGAACACCCUUGCCACAAAAAGAUGAAGACAAGGACACUGUUUCCACACACAUGAGUGCAACUUCAGAAAAAGAUAACAUCAAGGGUGACAGGCCUCCAAGUACACAUACAAACAUUAAACAAACCAAUGACAGAGAUGUAUCUAAAAAAACACCUCCAAAAGAUGCCUAUUCAUCUACAACAACAGGAAAGAGUCCAUGUGAUCAAAAAGAAAUUUCUGAACAAACUGAAGAAGUUCCCAUAGAUGAGGACCAGAUCUUGAAAUCAGCCCCUCAGAUAAAAGCGAUGCACAAAAUGCAUGUGACAGCACUCCCUCAGAAACAAGAGUAA